AUGGAUACCCCCAAAGUACAACUUCCGGGUCCCGGAACCCCAGUCGCGCAGAAUGGGGCCAACUCCAACUCCAAUGAGGUCGAGAUGACCGAGAGCCAUGAUGCUGAAUCGACAAAUCAGAUCGAAGAGACUCAAGCCGAGGAUAAUACUAUGCCUGAUGUGCAAGCCGAGACUGAGCCUGAAGCCCCCGCACCUGUGCAGAAGACUGCGGGGUUCAAUUUCUUGAACUUCCUAACCUCGCCAAUCGUCGAAAUUGCCAUCGGCGAAGAUGACAACCAGACCAUACUCACAGCCCAUCAAACACUCCUCAUCGAAUCACCACUCCUCUCCAGAUUCGUCGAUAAAUUCGAGGCAUCAGGCCCGCGCCGCAUCGCCCUCCCCGCAGAAAACGCCGAAGCCUUCGGCUGCUUCCUUCAAUUCCAAUACACCCACGAUUACACCGAAACAAAGCCCUCAACCCCGGCCGGAUCUUCAGAAGUCGCAACCGCAACCACUGACAACACCGGCGAAGAACUCCUUCGCCAUGCGCGCGUCUACACCCUGGCAGAGAAAUUGGGCAUGCCCGCCCUGAAAAGUCUCGCGCAUAAAAAGAUCCACUCCGUGAACAGCACGCCCAGCGGCGAGCUCGCAUACGCCCGUUACGUCUACACCAACACAUCCGAUCACGACACUAUGAUUCGCAAGCCCAUUGCUUCGUACUGGGCUGCCCGGAGCCACACCCUGCGCCACGGGAUUGAAGAGGAGUGGAAGAAGAUCUGUCUUGAUAUUCCUGAAUUCAGCUUCGAUGUAUUGACUAUUGUUCUGAACAAGAAGGAGAAGGCUAGCGCUAAUGCUGAGGCGGAGGGGACGCCCAGGGGUCGGGUUGCUAAGCGGAUGCGCAGUGAAAAGUAA